UAAAAUUUAGCAAUAUUUUUAGUUAUAUAACAAAAACACUAUUUUAAACCAAUAUUAUAAUGUUGAUGCGGAGUGUGAGCAGGUUAUGCUCCCAACCUUUAGAUAGUAAAUCUAGAAUAAGAUGUACAUUAAUUCCUGGAGAUGGUGUAGGACCUGAGUUGAUUUAUUCAGUUCAAGAAGUUUUCAAAGCUGCAAAUGUUCCUGUUGAUUUUGAUGUUCACUUUUUUUCCGAAGUCAAUCCAGUAUUAAGUGUCCCACUUGAAGAAGUUGCUGCAUCAAUAGCAAAAAAUAAAAUAUGUCUAAAGGGUGUAUUGGCGACACCUGACUACUCUCACACCGGUGAGCUACAAACGCUCAACAUGAAGCUGAGAAAUACUUUAGAUUUAUAUGCCAAUGUUGUUCAUGUUAAAAGUUUGCCAGGAGUUCGCUCUAGGCAUAAGAAUAUUGACUGUGUAAUCAUUCGUGAACAAACUGAGGGAGAAUAUAGUGCUUUGGAGCACGAAAGCGUUACAGGAGUUGUAGAAUGUUUAAAAAUUAUAACAGCCAAGAAAUCUGAAAGGAUUGCCAAAUUUGCUUUUGACUAUGCAACAAAGCACAAUCGCAAGAAGGUGACUGCUGUACACAAAGCAAAUAUCAUGAAACUAGGGGAUGGUUUAUUUUUGAGGAGCUGUGAGAAGAUGGCGAAAUUGUACCCAAGAAUUGAAUUUGAGAGAAUGAUUGUAGAUAACUGCACCAUGCAAAUGGUUUCCAAACCACAACAAUUUGAUGUUCUCGUUACACCCAAUUUAUAUGGUAACAUUGUGGACAAUUUGGCAUCAGGAUUAGUUGGAGGUGCAGGUAUUGUAGCCGGUGCCAGCUACUCAGCAGAAUGUGUGGUGUUCGAACAGGGUUCAAGGCACACAUUUGCACAAGCUGUUGGUAAAAACAUUGCCAAUCCUACUGCCAUGUUAUUGUGUGCAGCAAACAUGCUCCGACAUGUAAACCAUCAUGUAUAUAGCGAUCAAAUUAAACAAGCCGUUCAGCGUGUACUGCAAGCUGGCAAAGUGCGAACCAAAGACAUUGGAGGAAAUAAUUCUACUAAUGAAUUUACCAAUGCUGUUAUCGCAUCUCUGAAAUAAUUCACAAUAAUAAAGCAUUUUUGCUGUAAACAUAUUACCUCUCUUCAAAACUAUUGUAUCUUAGAUUAGAUAUUUAUAUUGAGAGUGUAUAAAAAUAAGAAAAAAUCAAUAUCAAUU